UAAAAAGAUCAAAUUCGAUUCUAAAGAAUAAAUAUGAUUUGACAGAUAUGAUUUGAAACUGUAUAAUCUUAAUUAUCUUUCUAUUCAUAUCUAAUAAAUCAUAUCCUUAAUUUUCUAUAUAUACACAAAGGAAAGGGAGGUUUAUUAAAAAUAUUAUUAAACACAUAAGGUUCUUUAAUGUCGACUUCUUCUUCAACUAUCAUGGAUAUAGAAACACCUCUUGCGACUACCAUAGAUAAAGAGAAAUUCAGAAUUCUAAAAAGUUAUGAUGGCAAAGAAUUCAAUGUCUCCAAAUCCAUCGUUAUGCAAUCAUCGCUCCUUGCAAAUUUACUCGAUUUAGAAAAAGAUGACAUAAUUUCACUCCCCAAAGAAGAAGGCAAAAUCGACGUAAUCCCACUCCCUAAAGUCGACGGAAUAACCCUUGAAAGGGUAAUUGACUUUCUGAACAUGUACUUAGAAGAAUCAUUUCAGCAAUUCACUGAUGAAGAAAAGAAAAAACAAUGCGAUGAUUUCUUUGUCAAAUGUAAUAUCUAUGAUUUCCUUGCUCUUGCCGAGGCCGCAAAUUACUUGGGAGUUCAAGUGGUUUUAGACGAGGCUUGUCAGAGAUCAGCCGACUUAAUGAAAAACAAAAGUGUGCCAUGGGUGAGAAAAGUUUUUAGGAUAAAUAAUGAUUUGGCGCCCUCUGAAGAACAAGAUAUAAAGAAUAAACAUAUUUGGACGUACGAGGGACUGGAUCCAGAUGAUUGA